CUGGCGCGGGGUGGUGCCCUUUGCAGCAAUCGGGAGCCGAAGGCGGCGGGCGCCGGGCGCAGCGCAAAGCGCCCGCGCGCCCCUCUUCCUCUCGCUCUCCAUGGACGGGGGAGCGGGGGGCGGCCCCGGGGUGCCCGGUUCCGAGAGCCCCAACCGGGCCGUGGAGUACCUGCUGGAGCUCAAUAACAUCAUCGAGAGCCAGCAGAAGCUGCUGGAGACCCAGCGCCGCCGGAUCGAGGAGCUGGAGGGGCAGUUGGAGCAACUGAGCCAAGAGAACCGGGACCUGCGGGAAGGGGACAGAGAGAGGGACCGGGACCGGCACCGAGAUCGGGACCGGGACCGGGACGGGCAGUACCACCACAAGGAGCGGGACAGCCACUAUCAGAACCGGACGGAGCGAGAUGGGCAGUACCAGAACCGGGAAGGGCAAUACCAGAGCCGCCCCGACCGGGAUGGGCAAUACCAGAACCGGGAGAGCCGAACGGACCGCGACGCUCAGUACCAGAACCGGGCAACAGACCGCGAGAGCCAAUACCAAAGCAGAGCAGACCGGGAAGGGCAGAACCAGUAUCAGAACCGGGACAAGGAGCGAGAUCUACCGCACUAUGGGAACCGGGAUGGGCAGUACCAGAACCGGGAGAGCCACUACAGGGAACCAUGCCAGCUGCAUCGAGAUCGGGCCCCGCAGUGCCAUCAGACUCGGGAGAAGGAGCACGAGUACCCUCGGCCACCCCGGGAAAGGGAGAGGGGGCAGCUGAGCCGUGGGGCGUCGCGGAGCUCUAGCCCCGGAGCAGGAGGGGGCCACAGCACCAGUGCUAGCACCAGCCCGGCAACUACUCUGCAGAGAAAGUCGGAUGGGGAAAAUUCAAGAACAGUCAGCGUGGAAGGAGACCCGCCAGGAAGUGAGGCUGGCACCAUAGUGGACAAUCUGGGCAGCCAGCCUCCAUACCGUUGUGCCCCUGAAGUGGGCAAGGUGGAGCACUACGACUUGGCGCCCUCCUCCUCUUCCUCGUCUGUCUGUCACACUCCAUCCCCGGGGCUCCCGUGGGCCCAGCGAGCUCGGCUACAGCCAGCCAGCGUGGCGCUGAGGAAGCAGGAAGAGGAGGAGAGCAAGCGGUCCAAGGCACUGUCGGACAGCUAUGAGCUCUCGACGGACCUUCAGGACAAAAAGGUGGAGAUGCUGGAGCGGAAGUAUGGGGGCUAUUUCCUGAGCCGGCGGGCCGCUCGGACCAUCCAGACGGCCUUCCGCCAGUACCGCAUGAACAAGAAGUUUGAGCGCCUGCGGAGCUCGGCCUCUGAGAGCCGCAUGUCGCGACGCAUCAUCCUCUCGAACAUGCGGAUGCAGUACUCCUUUGAGGAGUACGAUAAGGCCCAGAAUGCCCCGUACUUCGAAGGCAAGCCUGCCUCGCUGGAUGAGGGCACCAUGGCUACUGCUCGGCCGCACCUGCUGGACCGUGGCCUCCCCUACGGUGGCUCCUGCCGGGCUGGGCUGGACGCCAGCUCCCUGCACUCCUCUUCCGGAGGAUUCUGCAAUGACAUCACUGAGCUCGAGGACUCCUUCUCCAAGCAGGUGAAGUCUUUGGCAGAAUCGAUUGACGAAGCGUUGAACUGUCACCCACUAGGGCAGGAGGGGAACCCCGGGGGCCCCACUUUGGAGAAAAGCGAGUCCAAAGAGCAGCAGGGCGACAGCGCGGCCACUUCGUUCAGCGACGUCACGCUGUAUCUGGAUGAAGGAGCCCCCACGUCGCCCCUCUCGCUGGAGCGCCCGCCCAGCACGGAGCCCCCGGAGCCCAGCGCGGGAGUGCCCAUUCCACCCCCCCCACGGCCGGAGUACUGGGGCGGGCCGCAGCGGGAGGACAGCCGGGAGAACGGGGGUGGCGGGGCCGCUAGCCGCCGCAGCACGCCGUGUAUGGAGUGCCGGGACUUCCGCCUGCGUGGCGCCCACCUGCCUUUGCUCACGAUAGAACCUCCCAGCGACAGUUCCGUGGACCUAAGCGACCGCUCCGACCGGGGCUCCCUCAACCGGGGGCUAAUGUAUGAGCAGGAUGGCUGCAGCCCUCACGGCACCCUCAAGCACCCCGGUGGGCCCGCCCGCUCCCCGCACCCGCACCGGCAUUACCACCCUGAACAAAAACAGCCUCCCCCGCCUCUCCCUAUGCCGCCCCCCCAGGCCCCGAGCCGCCUGCCCCCACCCCCGCCGCCGGACAACUCCGACGGCGACAACGACAGCCUCAACAGCACCACCAACUCCAACGAGACCAUCAACUGCAGCUCGGGCUCCUCCUCCCGUGACAGCCUGCGCGACCCGCCCCCGCCCCCCCCGCCGCCCCCCUCAGCCCCCGGUGGGCCCUGCAAACAGACCUACCAGCGGGAGACGCGGCACAGCUGGGACUCGCCCGCCUUCAACAACGACGUCGUGCAGCGCCGCCAAUAUCGCAUCGGCCUCAACCUCUUCAACAAGAAACCAGAGAAGGGGAUCCAAUAUUUGAUCGAGAGGGGCUUCCUGUCGGAUACACCAGUUGGCGUGGCACGCUUUAUCCUGGAGCGGAAGGGGCUGAGCCGGCAGAUGAUUGGCGAAUUCCUUGGCAAUCGGCAAAAGCAAUUCAACCGGGAUGUACUUGACUGUGUGGUGGACGAGAUGGACUUCUCCAGCAUGGACUUGGACGACGCGUUGCGGAAGUUCCAGUCUCACAUCCGGGUGCAAGGCGAGGCGCAGAAAGUGGAGCGCCUCAUUGAGGCCUUCAGCCAGCGAUACUGUGUCUGCAACGCCCCAUUGGUGCGCCAGUUCCGAAACCCGGACACCAUCUUCAUCCUGGCUUUCGCCAUCAUCCUGCUUAACACCGACAUGUACAGCCCCAGCGUCAAGGCGGAGAGGAAGAUGAAACUAGACGACUUCAUCAAGAACUUGCGGGGGGUGGAUAACGGCGAGGAUAUUCCCCGAGAUCUACUGGUAGGGAUUUAUCAGCGGAUCCAGAGCCGGGAGCUGCGUACCAAUGAUGACCACGUGUCUCAGGUCCAAGCAGUUGAGCGCAUGAUUGUGGGCAAAAAGCCGGUACUCUCCCUGCCCCACAGGCGCCUGGUUUGCUGCUGCCAGCUCUACGAAGUCCCUGACCCCAACCGGCCCCAGAGGCUUGGGCUACACCAGAGAGAGGUCUUCCUCUUCAACGACCUGUUAGUGGUGACAAAGAUAUUCCAGAAGAAGAAGAUCCUUGUGACCUACAGCUUCCGCCAAAGCUUCCCUCUCGUGGAGAUGCAGCUGCAGCUCUUUCAGAAUUCCUAUUACCAGUUUGGGAUUAAGCUGCUCUCGGCGGUUCCUGGUGGGGAGAGGAAAGUCCUGAUCAUCUUCAAUGCCCCCAGCCUGCAGGAUCGGCUGCGCUUUACCAGCGACCUGCGGGAAUCCAUUGCUGAAGUGCAAGAGAUGGAGAAAUACCGCGUGGAAUCGGAGCUAGAGAAGCAGAAAGGGGUGAUGCGCCCCAACGCCUCCCCCUCCUCUGGGCCCAAGGACACCGUGAACGGGACCCUGACGCGCAGCAGCCUGGAGGACGCCUACACGGUGGGCGAAGGGCUGAAGAGAAGCGCCCUCAGCAGCUCCCUCCGCGACCUCUCCGAUGCUGGCAAGCGGGGCCGCCGUAACAGCGUGGGAUCCUUGGACAGCACAAUUGAAGGGUCCAUUAUUAGCAGCCCACGGCCCCACCAGCGAGUGCCGCCACCGCCCCCUCCGGAGGAGUACAAGCCCCAGCCUCGCCCCCCCUCAAACUCGUCGUCUUUCCUGGGCUCCCUCUUUGGCAGCAAGCGCGGGAGGGGCCCCUUCCAGACACCGCCCGGCCAGGCCUCGGCCUCCUCCUCCUCGGCGUCUUCGUCCCACCACCACCUCCCGCAGCAGCAGCACCACCCUCACCACGGCCACCCGCCUCUCCCCGACGGCAGCCAGUCCAAGCUGCAGGCCCUCCACGCCCAGUACUGCCACGGCCCCGCUGCCCCGCCACCGCCACCCGCCCUACCUCAGCAGCCCCCGCCCCCGCCCCAGCCGGCCCCGCCACCGCCCCCGCUGGCCCUGCCCUCCAACCCGCUGCCGCCUCAGGCCCAGCGCUACCACCACUCCCAGCAGCCCCCUCUCUCGGCCCCUCCGCAGAAGCAGGCCGUCCCGGCCUUCCCCACCCCACAGCCCCACCACCACUACACCCUGGGCCGGCCCAGCCAGCAGAAGCGCGCCCUGCAGAUGGCCACGGCCGCCUCCCAGCAUCCCCCCUUCCUCCACGGGCGCCAGCCCACCUCGCCCCUGCCCCUCUACAGCCCCGCCCCGCAGCACGCCCUGGCCCACACCUACCCUCAGCAGCUGCAUCAGCCCGGGGGGGUGGGCGGCCUUGGCCUUGGGGGGCAGCACACCCUGCACCGGCAGCAGCCCCCAAAGCACUUUAUCUUCAGCCACCACCCUGCCCAGCUCCUGCAGCGGCCCCCUCCUCCGCCGGGCGUGGGGCCGUAUCCCGUGCACCACGGCCACCCUCCUCCUCCGCACCACGGGCAGCCUCCCAUGCCCCCGCCUCACUCCCCCAUCCCCCCUCACCCUUCUUACCCCCCUCUCCCCCCUCCGUCGCCUCACACUCCCCUCAGCCCCCACUCCCCGGCCGCUCCCACCUCCCCGCUGCCCCAGCACAUCCCCAUGCACCAGGGGGGCCCUCAAGCCAUGCCCCCUCAGGGGCCCCCCAACCCCAAACAGAAGCCGGUCAACAGAAUCAGCACCGUCGUGUGAGGAAGGCCACCAGAACGGGGUGGAUGGGUAUAAAUAUAUAAAUAACAGAGCUCUGGUGGCCGGGGGGGGGGGGGCUCCCCCGUCCCAGUGGUGGGGAGGGGUGGAGAUCAGGAAGGCGUCUAGACUUUUGGGGCAUUCCCCUUCCUCCUCCCCACUCCACACCCCGUCCCUCUUUUUCCUAGGAUCAGAGCUGAGAGAGGCCGGCCGGCCCUCCGAGCCUCGGGAAGGAAGAGAUCUGGACCGGCAACCCCGCUCGUGGCCUGAGGGUGGCGCCGGCUUCACACUCGGGCCGUUGCUGCUAGGGGCUCAGCACCUCUUCCCCUCUUCCCUGCUGAUCAUCUUCGUCUCCUCCUCCUCUUCCUCCUCCCCCCCCCCACUUUCUGCUUAGGAAAUGGCGGGGGGUGUGUCUGCGGACAGUGCGCUAAUUUUGCAGAGAGGGGCUUUGUGAAACGCGUGAGGGGCAAGGGAGGGCAGAACCUCGUUCUAGAAUUCCCCACGUUGACUUUUUUCCUACAUGGGGCGCGAGAAAGAGAGGAGUCCGCUGCAGUUGUGCAGCCCUUUGAGCCUGCCUUCCAGAUGUGCUGGACUCCC